UAAGGCUGCGCGGCGCCGCGCUUCCUGGACUGGGGUCGUCGGCCACCGCGCUAUGCUCCUAGUCCUCACCUCACUCUCCUGCUACAGAUCCCAGGUCCGUGCAGGCGUCCGGUGGGACAUGGCGAACUCGGGCGGCGAGGACCUCCGGAGCCGGGAAGGGGAGAGUUUUCUCUACUUCGCCUAUGGCAGCAACCUGCUGACGGAGCGGAUCCACCUCCGAAACCCCUCGGCCGUGUUCUGCAGCGUGGCCCGCCUGCAGGAUUUUAAGCUUGACUUUGGCAAUCCCCAAGGCAAAACUAGUGAAACUUGGCAUGGAGGUAUAGCCACCAUUUUUGAAAGUCCUGGCGAUGAAGUAUGGGGAGUAGUAUGGAAAAUGAACCAAAGCAAUUUAAGUUCCCUAGAUAAGCAAGAAGGGGUUAAAAGUGGAAUGUAUGUCCCAAUAGAAGUUAAUGUUUCUACUCAAGAAGGAAAAGAAAUAACCUGUCGAAGUUAUCAGAUGACAAAUUAUGAGCGUGUUCCCCCAUCACCCCAGUAUAAAAAGGUGAUUUGCCUGGGUGCAAAAGAGAAUGGUUUGCCACUGGACUAUCAAAAGAAGUUAAAUGCAAUAGAACCAAAUGACUACAAAGGAAAGGUCUCAGAAGAAAUUGAAGACAUUAUCAAAAAGGGGGAAGCAAAAACUCAUUAGAACCUAAUAGAAUACAUCUACAGAUAUUUUCUCUAUAUGCUAAUACAUUUUUAACAUUUAGAACAGGAAUCUGGGAUAUCUCUGUUUAAUAUAUUUUCAACAGUGUUCUGAAGGGGUAUCUCACUUGGGUGAUUCCUUGUUUUCAGGCUAUAAAAAGAUCAGGAUAGGAGUUAGACAAUUGAAAAGGGGGCCUUGCGGCAUUGGAAUGCAUGACAAGUAGAUGUGAGUAUUCCUUCUGUGAAUCCUUAAAGUUAUUUUAUUGAGUUGAUCUGAAGUGUAUUUUUGCUCUGUGAUAAAGGGUAGAUUUGCAACUUAAGGAUGGUGCUGGUAAAUCACUCUGCUCUGGGAUUUUUUUCUUAGCUUACUAAGAGCAAGCAAACUGCAGAGGCAAUUGAUUAUAACAACUUCAGAAUUUAAAAGAUGGCAUACUGUUCUUAGAGGAAUAAAUGUAUUUGUGGUUUAACCUAUAGUCCCU